CCUUUCAACCCACUCAUAUGUCCGACAACAAUCCACCCAGCAUGCUUUUCUACGCGACAGCCGCCACCUUAAGCGGAUCCCGAGCUCGUACAAUACCGCUAUGGUCGCCCACAUCCGAUCCUUGAUACUCGGCUUUACUGCGGGCGUCCUUGUCGCAGCUAUUCUGAUUCAGCAAUUGCUCAGCUUACCGCUGUCUGACCCAAUCGUCCAAUACACAAAGGAUCCACUGGAGCUCAAUACUCCACCCCUUCCACGUCCCGCUCUAGACGAUAUGGCAUCUUCACUGCGAAGUUCCUUACAAAUCGCCCAGCGGGCUCUGCUCCGCGGUAGAUACAAAAGCGCCCACUCCGCCCACUCUCCUCUCCAGUCAAUAGCCCCAUCAUCCACUCGCAAGCCUCUCACUUCACUAUCCUCCAGCAACACCUUCUCAACCUCUGUACCCAGAAUGGCAUCCAAAAAGUCUUUGAUCGACGCUGCCAAAGAGCGCCGCAGCAUCUACGAGUUGAACAAGAACUCCCCCAUCCCCGAUAGCAAGAUUGUCGACAUUGUCAAGACCGCCGCCGAUUACGUCCCCUCAGCCUUCAACUCGCAAUCUACACGACUUGUGACAUUGCUCGGCAAAGAGCACGAAGUGUUUUGGGACCAGGUGCUCGAUGUGUUGAAACCAAUAGUACCCGAAGAGAAAUGGGCAGAUUCCAAGGGCAGACUGGAAGGCUUCAGGGCAGCCUAUGGAACGGUCCUCUUUUUCACCGACCCCGAACCCGUCGAUAACCUCCGCAAGAACAUUCCCAGUUACGCGCACCACUUCGGCGACUGGGCUGAGCAAUCCAACGCGAUGCAUCAAUACUUCCUGUGGGUGGCUCUAGAAGCUGAAGGCCUCGGCGCCAACCUUCAACAUUACAACCCGCUCGUCGAUCAAAAGACUCAAGAGCAUUACAAGAUUCCCCUCGAGUGGAAGCUAAGGGCGCAAUUGGUCUUUGGUGGCAGGGCUGGCGAGCUACCAGCGCCCAAAGAUAAGCUGCCUGUGGAGAAGAAGGUUUUCGUGCACGGCGCGAACCUAUAA